AUGACUCAAUCAUCCAGGCCCUCUGUAUCGCUUGCGCAAGGACUGGUGGAAGGGAUACGGCUCGAUAAAGGCUUCCCUAAGCCUGUGGAUGCAUUUUUGGGAGUUCCUUAUGCGCUGCCACCAAUUGGAGAACGGCGCUUCCAGCCUCCUGUCAAGGUAUUACCCUCCAAAGGUCAUAUCGAUGCCUCGAUGUAUGGGCCUGCGGCCCCUGGCAAAGCAUUGCUAUCGGGCGGGCCGAAACUUGAACAAAGCGAGGAUUGCCUAACGGCCAACAUCUUCCAUCAGACCGGAAUGGAAGAGACAGCGAAGCUUCCGGUAGCGAUUUACAUCCACGGUGGCGCUUUCAAUCGAGGAACAGCAUCCAUGCAUGACACUUGUUCGAUGGUCGCUUGGUCUGAAGAGCCUUUUAUUGGUGUGAGCUUCAAUUAUCGAGUCGGAGCUCUGGGAUUUUUGCCAUCGGCUUUGGCUGAAGAGGAAGGGCUUCUCAACCUUGGACUUCAUGAUCAAGUCCAUCUUUUCCAAUGGGUACAGGAAAAUAUUGUACAAUUUGGAGGCGAUCCUAACAAUGUAACAUUAUUUGGCUUAUCAGCUGGGGCACAUUCGAUCGGGCAUCAUCUUCUCAAUUAUAACGAGCAGGCCAAGCCUCUCUUCCACCGCGUGAUUAUGGAGUCAGGGUCCCCGACUUCUCGAGCCGUUCGACCGUACGACGCGAAAGUACAUGAAGAACAAUUCAAGGACUUCUUACAUGAGGCAGGAUGCCCAGCUGAUCUAUCCAGAGAUGAAAUCUUUCCCUUUCUUAGAUCCCUUCCAAGUGAAACUAUCACAACUGCUCAGACCACCGUCUUUGACAAAUACAAUCCCUCUCUUCGAUGGGCUUUUCAACCUGUUAUUGAUGGAGAUCUUAUCCCUCGAAAGCCACUGGACGCGUGGAACUCUCAAGUCUGGAACAAAGUACCCAUAAUGACCGGGUUCACCACAAAUGAGGGAACAAUGUACGUGGACAAGAAAAUGUCGACACCAGCGCAGUUUCGCCGGUUCUGGCAGAACCUUCUUCCCGAGUUGUCAUCCUCAGACCUGGAUACCAUUGAUGGAUUGUAUCCCGAUCCUAGCCUUGACCCUGCUUCACCAUAUAUCGAAACAAGAAAAAACUGUGGGCUGGGUCAACAAUACAAGCGAGUCGAGGCCGCAUAUGCCCAUUACGCAUAUGUAGCACCCGUCCGCCAAACCGCAGAAUUUGCAUCUUCUCAGGGUGUACCGGCUUAUCUAUAUCACUGGGCUCUACCCAGGACAGUGAUCGGCCGAGCAAACCACGGAGACAAUAUGUAUUACGAAUCUUAUAAUAGCGACAUUACAGAGAUUUCAGAGUCACAGAAGGAGCUGUCUGGGACCCUACAUGCGUAUAUCACCAGUUUCAUCACCACAGGUGACCCAAACGGCAUUGCAGGUCGUUAUGCCAAAAGGCCAGUGUGGAAGAAAUUCUCUCCAACCGAUGCUUCUGUCAUGAGAUUUGGCGAAGGGAAUGAGGAACUGAUCGGGGGAGCGGCAGCCCCAGCGGCAGCCUUUGUUAAGGACGACUGGGCAAGAGAACAGACAAACUUCUGGUGGUCAAAGGUCCCUAUAUCGCAGCUUGCAUGA